AUGUUACCAACUCUCAAAGCUUCUGGAACUUUCAUUCUCGAAGUUUUUGCUGUUCUUGGCGCGCUGGCCGUUUCGCUGAUGGCUGAGAAACGAUUUUUGUGCGCUCCUCGAAUGUUGUUCGUGUUUCAGCAGAUGUUCAUGUUGAUUUACGUUAUAUUUUUCCUGAAUUACUUCAAUAUGGAUCGGCAAAGCGAUGACGAAAUUGCGCGCCUUCUGUGCCUUUUCGAGGUAUUUGCUACCACUUUCAUCGACUUGAUCUACCUCUCAAUGCUCCAUUUAUCAGCUGUUGAAUCUGGUUUAUCCUGUCUCGCAAUCACUUUUUUCCUCUUCGCCGCUUUCUUUCUUUUCUUUGCUAUCAGUAUUUGCCAAAGGACUAUUGAUGAUCCUUUAAAUUUGUUGGCCAGCAAGCUAUUCAGUUAUCAAUUGAUUCAAGCAAUCCUAUUCUUGUUUUGCACUCUUUGUGUAAUUCGAUUGACUGUUCGACAAGAUGUGGAAAAGAAGAAGCCCCUCCGAACGUUUCUUCCUCAUUAUAUUUUGACGUAUUGCUCUGUUGUUCUAUUCUUUAUUCUUCCAAGAAGCACAUUCCUCUGGGCAGUAAUUAUAAAAAUACCCGACGAAGACGAUUCAAUAUUACCAACAUUAAGAGCAAUCAUGUUCAUUACUCCGGUUUAUAACUUUUUAUUUGUGAUUCUUAUAAAUUGUCAAGAUCCGGAAAGAAGGCAAGAGUUCAAAAAGUCGGUUGAACGAGCUUUCCGUGGGAUCAAAACCGGACCCAUUCCCCGAAUCAAUGUACAAGAGCCGACUAGCAGUUCGAAUCUUCCAUCCAGAAGCCACGUGGCAUUGAGUCUGAUGCGGAAUCCACUCAACUCGUUCAACAAGUUACAAAGGCAAUCGACAAUUCCAAUGGACGAAAUACCUCCUGAGAAUAACCUUCGGGUCCCACGAGAUCAGAGAUAUUAUGCUGCUACUGAUGAAGAUGAAAAUGCUGAUCAAGUGGCAACUCCACAAGAAAUAUUGACUUCUAGAAAUUCAGAUGAAAGAGGUUUCAUGACAGUGGCCAUGUUGAGAAGAGCCUCCCAAAUAAGUCAAAGAUUCCAAAACAUUCGCAGCGGUCCGAACUCUGCCCGAACUGAAUCAGCACGUACACCCUCACCUUCUCCUUCUCAAAAAAUAGAGUCAUCGUCGUCCAGUGAUCAGAACCCCGAGCAGUCAUCAUCCACCGAAAGGGCACAACCUCUUGACGUUUCCCAACUUCUUGGAUUCUUCAUCACGUCGUCGACGUCUUCUGUUGCAAUGACGAUGCCAGUGAGAAAUAAGCGAGCCGUGGAGAGAAUCCAAGAAGUUUUGCAUAAUACUCCCGAUUCAUUGAUGAAUAAUUCUCCAGAAUCAUGA